CGGAGCCCGGGCGGCGCGGCGGGAGUGCUGAGCGCGGCGCGGCCGGCCCGCCGCUUUGUGUGUGUUCUGGAUUUGGGAAGGAGCUCGCGGCGGCGGCGGCGGCGGCGGCGGCGGCGCUGAGGGAGGAGGCGGCGGCGAGCGGAGCCCGGAGGAGGAGGAGGGGGAGCCGCUCAUUCAUUUUUACUCCGCAUUUCUGCCCCUGGCCGGCCUCGCCCGCGACCCGGACUUCGGGGCAAUCUUGCGAACUGCGUCGCGCCCUCCAGCCGCGGAGGCUCGGGUGUCGGACAGCCUCCCCCUCUGCCUGGGGUCGCGUUUGUUUUUCUUCGCCGAGACGAAUUUGGGCUUUGCCCCCUUUCUGUGCAGUUUUCCCCCCCUCCUGCCUCUCUGGGUUUGAAAAUGGAGGCCGACGACGCCGACAGCCCGCCCCGGCGCGCCUCGGGUUCCCGACUCCGCCGAGCCCUGGGCCGAGGCUGCCGGCGCUGAGGGGCAGCCCCGCGCCGCCGCCCGCCUGCCCCGCGCACCCGGAGGGUCCCCGGCCGGCGCCGCCUUUGGAGUAUUGUUUCCGUCGCCCUGUUUUCGGAGGCGGCGAAGACUGAGUUUGAGACUUUUUCUUUCCCGUUUUCUUUUUCUUUCUUGUUUCCUUUUUCUUUAUUUUUUUUUCUUUUUUCUUUUUUCUUUUUUUUUUUUGAGAGAAGGGAAUUUCGUCCCAAAUAAAAGGAAUGAAGUCUGGCUCCGGAGGAGGGUCCCCGACCUCGCUGUGGGGGCUCCUGUUUUUCUCCGCCGCGCUCUCGCUCUGGCCGACGAGUGGAGAAAUCUGCGGGCCGGGCAUUGACAUCCGCAAUGACUAUCAGCAGCUAAAGCGCCUGGAGAACUGCACGGUGAUCGAAGGCUACCUCCACAUCCUGCUCAUCUCCAAGGCAGAGGACUACCGCAGCUACCGCUUCCCCAAGCUCACGGUCAUCACCGAGUACCUGCUGCUGUUCCGCGUGGCCGGCCUCGAGAGCCUCGGGGACCUCUUCCCCAACCUCACGGUCAUCCGCGGCUGGAAACUCUUCUACAACUAUGCCCUGGUCAUCUUUGAGAUGACCAAUCUCAAGGAUAUCGGACUUUACAAUCUGAGGAACAUCACCCGGGGGGCCAUCAGGAUUGAGAAGAACGCCGACCUCUGUUACCUCUCCACGGUGGACUGGUCCCUGAUCCUGGAUGCCGUGUCCAAUAACUACAUCGUGGGGAACAAGCCCCCGAAGGAGUGCGGGGACCUGUGUCCGGGGACGAUGGAGGAGAAGCCCUUGUGCGAGAAGACGACCAUCAACAACGAGUACAACUAUCGCUGCUGGACCACCAACCGCUGCCAGAAAAUGUGCCCGAGCGCGUGCGGGAAGCGCGCGUGCACCGAGAACAACGAGUGCUGUCACCCCGAGUGUUUGGGCAGCUGCAGCGCGCCCGACAACGACACGGCCUGCGUCGCCUGCAGGCAUUACUACUACUCCGGCGUGUGCGUGCCCACCUGCCCGCCCAACACCUACCGCUUCGAGGGCUGGCGCUGCGUGGACCGCGACUUCUGCGCCAACAUCCCCAAUGCCGAGGGCAGCGACUCGGAGGGGUUCGUCAUCCACGACGGCGAGUGCAUGCAGGAGUGCCCCUCUGGCUUCAUCCGGAACGGCAGUCAGAGCAUGUACUGCAUACCUUGUGAAGGUCCUUGCCCCAAGGUCUGUGAGGAAGAAAAGAAAACAAAGACCAUUGAUUCGGUUACCUCUGCUCAGAUGCUCCAAGGAUGCACCAUCUUCAAGGGAAAUUUGCUCAUUAAUAUCCGCCGAGGCAAUAACAUUGCCUCAGAACUGGAGAACUUCAUGGGGCUCAUUGAGGUGGUGACAGGCUACGUGAAGAUCCGCCAUUCUCACGCCUUGGUCUCCUUGUCCUUCCUAAAAAACCUUCGCCAGAUCUUAGGAGAGGAGCAGCUUGAGGGGAACUACUCCUUCUAUGUCCUCGACAACCAGAACUUGCAGCAGCUGUGGGACUGGGACCAUCGCAACCUGACCAUCAAAGCUGGGAAGAUGUACUUUGCUUUCAAUCCCAAAUUGUGCGUGUCCGAGAUUUACCGCAUGGAGGAGGUGACGGGGACAAAAGGACGCCAGAGCAAAGGGGACAUAAACACCAGGAACAAUGGAGAGCGAGCCUCCUGUGAAAGCGACGUCCUGCACUUCACCUCUACGACCACGUGGAAGAACCGCAUCAUCAUAACGUGGCACCGUUACCGGCCCCCUGACUACAGGGACCUCAUCAGCUUCACCGUCUACUACAAGGAAGCACCUUUUAAAAACGUCACGGAGUAUGACGGGCAGGAUGCCUGUGGCUCCAACAGCUGGAACAUGGUAGAUGUGGACCUCCCUCCCAACAAGGAUGUCGAGCCUGGCAUUUUACUGCAAGGACUAAAGCCCUGGACGCAGUACGCAGUGUAUGUCAAGGCAGUGACCCUCACCAUGGUGGAGAACGACCACAUCCGUGGGGCCAAGAGUGAAAUCUUGUACAUUCGCACCAAUGCUUCAGUUCCUUCCAUUCCCCUGGACGUUCUCUCCGCAUCCAACUCCUCUUCCCAGCUCAUCGUGAAGUGGAACCCGCCGUCCCUGCCCAACGGCAACCUCAGUUACUACAUUGUGAGGUGGCAACGGCAGCCACAGGACAGCUACCUUUACCGGCACAAUUACUGCUCCAAAGACAAAAUCCCCAUCAGGAAGUACGCCGACGGCACCAUCGACAUCGAGGAGGUGACAGAGAAUCCCAAGACUGAGGUGUGCGGCGGAGAGAAGGGGCCUUGCUGCGCCUGCCCCAAAACGGAGGCCGAGAAGCAGGCCGAGAAGGAGGAGGCCGAGUACCGCAAAGUCUUUGAGAACUUCCUGCACAACUCCAUCUUUGUGCCCAGACCUGAAAGGAAGCGGAGAGACGUCACACAAGUCACCAACACCACCAUGUCCAGCCGAGGCAGGAACACCACAGUGGUGGACACCUAUAAUAUCACAGACCCAGAAGAGCUCGAGACAGAAUACCCUUUCUUUGAGAGCAGAGUGGAUAACAAGGAGAGAACUGUAAUCUCCAACCUGCGGCCUUUCACUUUGUACCGCAUUGACAUCCACAGCUGUAACCACGAGGCUGAGAAGCUGGGCUGCAGCGCCUCCAACUUUGUUUUUGCAAGAACCAUGCCUGCAGAAGGGGCAGAUGACAUUCCUGGGCCGGUGACCUGGGAGUCGAGGCCUGAAAACUCCAUCUUUCUCAAGUGGCCAGAACCUGAGAAUCCCAACGGGUUGAUUCUUAUGUAUGAAAUAAAAUACGGAUCACAAGUCGAGGACCAGCGGGAGUGCGUAUCAAGACAGGAGUACAGGAAGUAUGGGGGCGCCAAGCUUAACCGGCUCAACCCGGGGAACUACACGGCCCGGAUCCAGGCCACCUCUCUCUCCGGGAAUGGGUCCUGGACAGACCCGGUGUUCUUCUACGUCCCAGCCAAAAUAACGUACGAAAACUUCAUCCACCUGAUCAUCGCUCUGCCGGUCGCUGUCCUGCUGAUCGUGGGGGGGCUUGUUAUAAUGCUGUACGUCUUCCACAGGAAAAGGAAUAACAGCAGGCUGGGCAAUGGAGUGCUGUAUGCUUCUGUGAACCCAGAGUACUUCAGCGCCGCAGACGUGUACGUGCCUGACGAGUGGGAGGUCGCUCGAGAGAAGAUCACCAUGAGCCGCGAGCUGGGGCAGGGCUCCUUUGGGAUGGUGUACGAAGGAGUGGCCAAAGGCGUGGUUAAAGAUGAGCCCGAGACCAGGGUGGCCAUUAAAACAGUGAACGAGGCGGCCAGCAUGCGCGAAAGGAUUGAAUUUCUCAAUGAGGCUUCAGUGAUGAAGGAGUUCAACUGCCACCACGUGGUGCGGUUGCUGGGCGUGGUGUCCCAGGGCCAGCCGACGCUGGUCAUCAUGGAACUGAUGACGCGGGGCGAUCUCAAGAGCUAUCUCCGGUCUCUGAGGCCAGAAAUAGAGAAUAAUCCAGUCCUAGCACCUCCAAGCCUAAGCAAGAUGAUCCAGAUGGCUGGGGAGAUUGCAGACGGCAUGGCAUACCUCAACGCCAACAAGUUUGUCCACAGAGACCUGGCCGCCCGGAACUGCAUGGUGGCCGAAGAUUUCACGGUCAAAAUCGGAGAUUUCGGUAUGACGAGAGACAUCUACGAGACAGACUAUUACCGGAAAGGAGGAAAGGGGCUGCUGCCUGUGCGCUGGAUGUCCCCCGAGUCUCUCAAGGAUGGAGUCUUCACCACUCACUCUGACGUCUGGUCCUUCGGGGUCGUGCUCUGGGAGAUCGCCACGCUGGCCGAGCAGCCCUACCAGGGCUUGUCCAACGAGCAGGUCCUUCGCUUCGUUAUGGAGGGCGGCCUUCUGGACAAGCCGGACAACUGUCCCGACAUGCUGUUCGAGCUGAUGCGCAUGUGCUGGCAGUACAACCCCAAGAUGAGGCCCUCCUUCCUGGAGAUCAUCAGCAGCGUCAAGGACGAGAUGGAGCCCGGCUUCCGGGAGGUGUCCUUCUACUACAGCGAGGAGAACAAGCCGCCCGAGCCGGAGGAGCUAGACCUGGAGCCCGAGAACAUGGAGAGCGUCCCCCUGGACCCCUCCGCCUCCUCGUCCUCGCUGCCGCUGCCCGACAGACACUCAGGACACAAGGCCGAGAACGGCCCAGGCCCUGGCGUGCUGGUGCUCCGAGCCAGCUUCGACGAGAGACAGCCUUACGCGCACAUGAACGGGGGACGCAAGAACGAGAGGGCCUUGCCUCUGCCCCAGUCUUCGACCUGCUGAUCCUGGGAUCCCGGAUCCUGUGCAAACAGUAACGUGUGCGCACGCCGGGCGGCGGGUGGGGGGAGAGAGUUCGAACAAUCUAUUCACAGCCUCUUGUACCUCAGUGGAUCUUCAGAACUGCCAGUGCUGCCCACGGGAGACGGCUUCUCUGCAGUAAACACGUUUGGGAUGUUCCUUUUUUCAAUAUGCAAGCAGCUUUUUAUUUCCCUACCCAAACCCUUAACUGACAUGGGCCUUUAAGAACCUUAACGACAACACUUAAUAGCAACAGAACACUCGAGAAUCGAGUCUCCUCAUGCUUUCCCUGUCACUCCUCACUUCUCUCCGACCCGUCUCCCGCCCUCCCUCCCUCCCUCUCUCCCGCUCUCCCUUCUCUCUCUCUCUCCCCCCUUUCUCUUUCUCUCUGCUUCGUAAUGGAAAAAUCUUUGCCGCAAGCCCAGCUGGGACGCCCUUUCGAUCAGAUUGAGGAACUGGCCGUCCCUCCCUGUGGCCCCACAUUGCCCCCUCCCACCCCCGUACACACCUGCCUGUCACCGUAGGUCUUUAUAAAAAAAAACAAAAACAAAAAACACGUUGAGACGGAAUUUUUUUAACUGUAUCUUUCACCUUUUUAGGGACAUAUGAAAUUGACAAAGGGCCAUCAUGCAUUCGAGGUUGUUACCAUUUUAAUGCUGCCAGAUUCUGCCAAAACCCUCGACUUCCUCCCUCCCGGUCCCGGCACCUGUUUCCUUGUUUCCAGAGGCAUGGGGCGAGCACCGUAGCUAGUCACACCAUUUAGGAGCCACGUUGAGGACACACUCCAUCCGAUCGCCCCUGGUGUUCUUUUCCAGUCCUGCGUUCACACAGGUCCAGUUGCUUUAUGACUAGGUUAUUAUUUGGGGGAAGCGGACAGGAUGGGAUUUUUCUCUCAGUGGAGACUGCCAGAGGCUGAAACCCCUCUUCCCCACCCUCCCCCCACCUGCUAGCCCCCAGGAAUUCUGGAGAAAAUAGGCCCUGUCGAGAGCCUGGCAGACAGGCUUUGAGGAAAGGUCGCCCACGUGCCAGUCUCCUGCCCCCCCACCUCGGCCGCCCCCCACCCCACCGGUUCCCGGCCCCCCAGGACGCAGAUGGGAAGGGGUUUCCAGGGACUCAGCCCAACUGUUCAUGCAGGUUUGCAAGGAAAGGAAUUCAAACACCACCACAACAGUAAGAAGAAAAGCAGUAAAUGGAUUCAAGCAUUCUAAGCUUUGUUGAUAUUUUCUCUGUUACUAGGACUUCUUCAUGGGUCUUACAGUUCUAUGUUAGACCAUGAAACAUUUGCAUACACAUCGUCUUUAAUGUCACUUUUAUAACUUUUUUACGGUUCAGAUAUUCAUCUAUACGUCUGUACAGAAAAAAAAAAAAAGCUGCUAUUUUUUUUGUCCUU